AGCAUGGGCUGAGGCUUCUGGUAAUGAAGCUUUGUUGAAUGUUCCAAGUAGCGAGCUGUGUAAAAAAUACUUUGCCUGCAGUUCACACUUUAAUUCCAACUGUUAUUUCAACAAUAGUAAGGAAAGUAAAAAAUUACGUGUUGAUGCAAGGCCCACUGAUAAUAUUGUGUCUAAGCUGUCUUCUGAACAAAUGUUGAAGUUUCCAGUUUGGGAUUCUAAUAUAAUAGAUAUUGAUGUUGUUGAUGAAAAUGUAGUUAAUGAUGGUGCAGUCAAUAGAUGUGUGUCAGUGAAUUAUUUUGAUCCAUACCAGAAGAAAUUUGAAGAUCACAUGAGAGGUGGUGUCUGGUUAACAUGUGAUAACUGCAAUGAGAAGUUUUUACAUCGUGGCAGAAGGAAGAAAAAGUGUAUUCAUACACCCGAUGUAUGUAACUCUUUGAGCAGGGAAAAUAAUAUGGAUCCAGGAGAGAUGCCUGAUAUUUUAAAAGGAUUAUCUUAUGUUGAAGAACAAUUGAUAGCCAGAAUUCACCCUGUGGUUUCUUUAUACAAGAUUAAAGGACAACAGAUGGCAUACUCUGGUAAUGUUAUAAAUUUCCCUCAAAAUGUUAAAGCUUUUGCUAAAGUUCUACCUCACAAAGUCAGUGAUUUGGCCAAUAUUAUUACUGUUCGGACAAGUAAUGCCAUGACCCCAAAAGAAUUUCAUGUUCGGGGUUCUAAAGUUUUAGAAGCUUUGAAGUGGUUGCAGAAAAAUAAUAAAUAUUAUCAGGAUAUAGAAAUUUCUUUAGAGAAUGUUUCCAGCUUGCCUGUGGAUGGCAAUGUGUAUGAUGCUAUCACCAGUAUGCAGAGUUCUUCCAUGGAUGAAGAGGAAGCUGGUAUUGAAUUUGAAUCUGAUGAUGUUUGUGAGGAUAAUGUCACUGAAUCUUGUGUUCCUGCUGCAUGUGUUCCAACUCAAAAUGAUUCUAUAAGAAAUGUAUUAGAUUGGCCUGAGAUGGAUAAUGUUCCUAUCAAUGAAUUCAAAUGUGAAGGAUAUAUUGCUCAAGCUUUCCCGUCAGCUGAUCUCAGAGGUUUUAAGUUUAAGACUGAAACAUUGAGAUGUUCAUGA